CCGAGCUGCGCUGCUUCCUCCUUCCUCCUUCCUGCGAACUCCUCACUCCUCACUUCUGAGCUCCGAAAACACGCACCGGGGCGCUGGGGGAUCCCGCACGUUCGCCUUCCUAUGCGGGCGCUUUGGGGGGAGAGCAAAGAGAAGAGGCGCAGACAGCGAUGUCCUAUCCUCAGGGUUACCUCUACCAGCCCCCGGGCUCUUUGGCUCUCUAUUCUUGCCCUGCCUACGGGGCUUCGGCGCUGGCCGCCCCCAGGAGCGAGGAGCUGGCCAGGUCUUCGUCCGGAUCAGCCUUCAGCCCGUACCCAGGAUCGGCCGCUUUCACAGCCUCGGCCGGGGGCUUCUCGAACCCGCUGUCGUACCCCACGGACCCCGCCACGGCAUUCCCGUCCUACAUGGGUUCGCCCUACGACCCGCACUCAACGGGCAUGGCGGGGGCGCUCAGUUACCACCCGUACGGAAGCCCUGGAUACCCCUACCAGCUGAACGACCCGGCUUACCGCAAGAACGCCACCCGGGACGCGACGGCCACCCUGAAAGCCUGGCUCCAGGAGCACAGAAAGAACCCGUAUCCCACCAAAGGAGAGAAGAUCAUGCUGGCGAUCAUCACCAAGAUGACCCUCACGCAGGUGUCCACCUGGUUCGCGAACGCCAGGAGGAGGCUCAAGAAGGAGAACAAGAUGACCUGGGCGCCUCGGAACAAAAGCGAGGACGAGGACGAGGACGAAGGGGACGGAGAGAGAAAGGAGGACCGGGUGGAAAAGAACCUGGACAACAGCGAAGCGUCCGCUGAGGAUGAAGGUAUAAGCUUGCACGUUGACACGCUCACAGACCAUUCCUGCUCGGCGGAAUCUGAUGUGGAGAAGGUCAGCUGCAGGAUUGGGGACAUCGUUUGUGAAUCUGGAUCAGACACUAAGGACAAAUGUGAGGAUGAUGAUGAUCAAGAUGCGGAGAAUGAGGAGCGCCAGCGGGGUCUGUCACCCAAGCCUGUGACGACAUCGCCCCUGACAGGGGUGGAAGCCCCCACGUUAAACCACCAGGACUCAUCCAGGAGCAGCAGCAAAGCAAGCCUUGACAUUAGAGCUUCUUCAGGUCCACAGAAUCAAACAGUCAAACCCAAGCUAUGGUCCUUAGCAGAAAUCGCCACCUCGGACCAGAAGCAGCACCAUGUGGGACAAAACUGUCCUCCAACCCUGUUGGCAUCAACAUCAUCCACCACAUCCCCAGCCAACAGCGUCUACUCUGCCUCCUCCAUUCUGGGACGCCCUAUUUAUUACACUUCACCCUUUUAUAGCAAUUACACCAAUUAUGGCAACUUCAACCCUUUGCAGGGCCAGGGAAUCCUACGGUACGGCUCUGCAAACGAAGGGCUCGCUCAGACUGUGUUAGCCUCAGGCCCUCCACACAGACAGGCCACUGAGUCCCCAACAAAAAGUAACCCCAGCCAGCCUGAGCACCACUUCAGACCCUCUAACUUAGAACCCAAGAAAGACACCCUUGACGUGUGCACGGUAGGAGCCCAACCAUACCUAUCAAGUUAAAAUAAAGGUUGCGCAAGUAGGUGUCACAAUUGCUUUGAAAAGAGCCAUCACUACUUCUCUAUGGUUUUUAAAACAAAACUGUUCUUUGUACUGGAUUGCAGCUCGUGCUGUAGACGACGUCUACAGACAGCAAAUUAUAAUACUUAAUAAAAGAAUGAUACUGCAUAGACGAAACAUAUACUUAGACGGUGAUUAUACCAUAAGCAUUGUUUAAUUUACGCUUUCGUUUUUAAGAAAUGUGCAUUUAUUGGUGAAGUAGUUUCCCAAUGUAUGUGAAUUUGAAGAAAAAAAAAAGUUAUUUCUCAGGAUCCUAUAUUGCUUCAUUGCCACGGUAUAUAUUGUAUAUUAUAGGUGUGAAAAUAACUAGGCAUACGGUGAAACUUUGUAAAGGUGUAUAAUGCUGAAGAGGUGAGACUGAUUAACUUGAGAAACAUAAAAGUGGAAUACAUUUGAUAUUUAUUUUUGUAAUGAUGGCAAAGCCCAUAACUUAUGCAAGUUGUAUUGCAAU